AUGAGGCGCCUCCCAGCCGCCCCCCAACACCGGGGGCUCCCCAAGGCUGACCUGAGUCCUCUCUCCCCUUGGCCAGUUGAAGAGAAAGACCCAGCCUUCUGGAACCGCCAGGCAGCCCAGGCCCUGGAUGUUGCUAAGAAGCUGCAACCCAUCCAGACGGCUGCCAAGAAUCUCAUUCUCUUCCUGGGGGACGGGAUGGGGGUGCCCACAGUGACAGCCACUCGGAUCCUAAAGGGGCAGAUGAAUGGCAAACUGGGAGCUGAGACGCCCCUGGCCAUGGACCGAUUCCCGUACCUGGCUCUGUCCAAGACAUACAACGUGGACAGACAGGUGCCAGACAGCGCAGGCACGGCCACCGCCUACCUGUGCGGGGUCAAGGCCAACAUGAAGACCAUUGGUGUAAGUGCAGCUGCCCGCUACAACGAGUGCAGCACGGUACGUGGCAAUGAGGUCAUGUCUGUGAUGAACCGGGCCAAGAAAGCAGGGAAGUCCGUGGGAGUGGUGACCACUACGAGGGUGCAGCAUGCCUCGCCAGCUGGUACCUAUGCACACACGGUGAACCGUAACUGGUAUUCGGACACGGACAUGCCCGCCCAGGCGAAGAAGGAGGGCUGCCAGGACAUCGCCACGCAGCUCAUCUACAACAUGGACAUUGACGUGAUCCUGGGUGGAGGCCGAAAGUACAUGUUUCCUGAGGGGACCCCAGACCCUGAGUACCCAGGCGAUGCCAGUCAGAACGGAACCCGGAAGGACAGGAAGAACCUGGUGCAGGAGUGGCAGGCCAAGUACCAGGGCACCCAGUACGUGUGGAAUCGCACGGCGCUCAUUCAGGCAUCUAAGGACCCCAGUGUAACACACCUCAUGGGCCUCUUUGAGCCAGCAGACAUGAAGUAUGAGGCCCAGCGAGACCACACCAAGGACCCAUCCCUGCAGGAGAUGACAGAGGCAGCCCUGCGUGUGCUGAGCAGGAACCCCCGUGGCUUCUACCUCUUCGUGGAGGGAGGCCGCAUUGACCACGGUCACCAUGAAGGCGUAGCUUAUAGGGCGCUGACCGAGGCGGUCAUGUUCGACAAUGCCAUUGCCGCGGCCAGCCAGCUCACUAGGGAAGCGGACACGCUGAUCCUCGUCACCGCCGACCACUCCCAUGUCUUCUCUUUUGGCGGCUACACGCUGCGUGGAAGCUCCGUUUUCGGGCUGGGUUAUGGCAAGGCCACUGACGGCAAGUCCUACACCUCCAUCCUCUAUGGCAAUGGCCCGGGGUACGCGCUUGGCGGAGCCUCAAGGCCCGACGUCAACGACAGCGAAAGCAGUGACCCCGCGUACCGGCAGCAGGCGGCCGUGCCCCUGGGGAGCGAGACCCACGGCGGCGAGGACGUGGCGGUGUUCGCGCGCGGCCCGCAGGCGCACCUGGUGCACGGCGUGCAGGAGCAGAGCUUCGUGGCGCACGUCAUGGCCUUCGCCGCCUGCCUGGAGCCCUACGCCACCGACUGCCACCUGCAGCCCCCCUGCGACGCCGCGCACCGGGCCGCCUGCCCGCCCUCGCUGGCGCUGCUGGUCGGGGCGCUGCUGCCGCUGCUGCUGGCUCCCGGCCUGCGAUGACCCGCACCCGCCCCGGGCCUCGGGGGCUCCUGCUCCCGCGCCAAGAGCCCCUAGCCCAGGCCCCACCCGAGCUGCCACCUCGGAGUCCCCACCCCCGCGUCCCCCACCCGGCCCUCCGCCAGACCUUCACCUCCCAGCGAUAAGGAGUCUCGGCCCCCCGCCCUUCAUGGGCCCGGACCACCCUGGAGGCUGAGGCCCUGAUUUUCCUGUGACACCCAUAGUCCUCCUCCCUGCCCCCAACCUCGGUGGCCUAAGAUUCUGUGCUGUGCAGCCCGGGACCCCAGGAAAGGCGGGGGCUUGGACAACGCAGUCUCCGCUCAGCACCCAUAGCCCUGCCUGCGGACCAGCAGGCACUCUCCCAGAGCUGCCCCUAGGCCCGCCUAGAACCCACGCCUCGCCUUUCCUGGAGACCCGAGGACUUAGGGGCCCCUGCGGAGGCGUGGCUUCCUGUCCUCCUGGAACCCACCCUGUAGGCACCUUGCUGGCCAAGGAGGCUGCUGGGACCAGGACAGCCAGGGGGCCCUCGACACAAACUCCUCAGCUGCCCCUCCUGGGAACCCAGCGGUACCAUUAGAGAGGAGACGGCGACCCAGAAAGGAGGCUUGUCCCACGUCACUCAGCUACCGUGCUGGUGGGCCCCCCAGUGCGCAUUCCAGGCUGGGAGAGCCAAGGAGCAGCGGGGGAGCUGUGGGUUCCAGGAGGGACAAAGGAAUUGUCAAAUAAACUGUUAUACAGUGUGA